GGUGUGGCGGAGGGCGGUGGUGUGAUAAGGCAGCGCGAGGGCCGGACUCGUUCUUUCUGCGGACGGCGGCGGCGAGACAAGAGGGGGGAGAUGUCGGCUCACCUUCAGUGGAUGAUCGUCCGGAACUGCUCCAGUUUCCUGAUCAAAAGGAACCAUCAGGUCUACAGCACCGAGUCCAACAAUCUGAAAUCCAGAAACUCCUUCCGUUACAAUGGACUUAUUCACCGCAGAACUGUGGGUGUAGAGCCUGCAGCUGAUGGGAAAGGAGUGGUGGUUGUCCUCAAAAAGCGAGCAGGUCAACGCAAGCCAGCAACAUCCUAUGAAAAGAUCACCAUCAACAAGAAUAGCCGCGCUACCCUAAAUAGUUUGCGACACAUCAUCCGCAAGAACAAGUACCGAAAGGACCUACGUAUGGCUGCACUUCGACGUGCUAGUGCCAUUCUGAAGAGCCAGAAACCAGUUGUUGUCAAGAAGAAGCGCACUCGGGCUACCAAGAGUGCAUAAACUUGUAAAAGUUGGCACAUGUUUUAUGAUUAAAAUAAAGGAGGAUCUUGAGGAUCUA